AGUUGUAAUGAAGGGCCCCACGUCUUACACAUGAGGAACUUGAGGCACGUGAUGUGGCCCAGGCCACUUAGCUGAGCAGAGCAGGGCUACAUUUCCUGACCUCCGGGUCAGUCUUCAGUGCUGGACCUAAUGACAGUUUGUGAGAAAUGGAGAGAGGGUUUAUGCCCUUACCUAUAUGGCGGGAGCUUGGGGCUGGGGGGGCUCCUGCUCCUGGCUGUGCUCAUUCUGUCCGCCUGUCUGUGUCGGCUUCAUCGGAAAGUGAGGAGGCUGGAGAGGAGCUGGGCCCAGCUCUCAGAGCAAGAGCUCCACUACGCAUCUCUGCUGCCCGUGCCCUGCCGUGAGGGACCCGACCUCAGCCACAGGGAAGGCUCCAAGGAGGACCCCGGCACUGAAUAUGCCUGCAUCGCCAAAAACUAAGCCCCCCGAGCUCCCCCAGCCGCCUCCCUGAACCCAGGAGGACCCUGUGGUCCAUGCAGUAAACACCAUGAUCUCGCCA